CCCCGCCUUCCCGAACUAGUUUUACGUCAUGAUGCGAAAAUCCCUCGGGUCCGGCCUCGGUCGUCGUGCCAGCGCUACCCCUCCUCUUUCUCCGUUCCCCCACCUCGAUUCCUUCUCGUCAUCCCACUUCAAGUAAAUUUCAGACAACGACAACCCUAGGACAACCGAGAACUCCCAGUAUCUGCAUUGUGCUCUCCAGAUUGUCGCAUUUUUAGUCUACUCACGUUCAAAUCGCACAAAAUGGCUGGCCUUAUGAAGGAGUUGGGUCUGAAGCCCGGCGUCAUCUACGGUGACGACGUCCUCAAGCUCUUCCAAUACGCUCGCAAGAACGCCUUUGCUCUUCCCGCGAUCAAUGUCACCUCGUCGUCGACUGUCGUCGCCGCUCUCGAGGCCGCCAGAGACGCCAAGUCCCCCAUCAUUCUCCAGGUUUCCAACGGUGGUGCUGCUUUUUUCGCCGGCAAGGGCGUCUCAAACGAUGGUCAAGCUGCCUCGAUUGCCGGCGCUAUCGCUGCCGCACACUACAUCCGUUCCAUUGCCCCCGUCUACGGUAUCCCCGUCGUCCUGCACACCGACCACUGUGCCAAGAAGCUGCUGCCCUGGCUGGACGGCAUGAUGGACGCCGACGAGGCGCACUUCAAGGAGCAUGGCAUCCCGCUGUUCAGCAGCCACAUGAUCGACCUGUCGGAAGAGGCCGUUGACUACAACAUCCAGACUACCGCAAAGUACCUGCAGCGCGCCGCCCCGUGGAAGCAGUGGCUGGAGAUGGAAAUCGGUAUCACGGGCGGUGAGGAAGACGGCGUGAACAACGAGAACGUCGACAACAAUUCCCUCUACACGCAGCCCGAGGACAUCUGGGACAUCUACCAGGCAUUGAGCAAGAUUUCCCCUUACUUCAGCAUCGCCGCUGGCUUCGGCAAUGUCCACGGUGUCUACCAACCCGGCAACGUCAAGCUCCACCCAGAGCUUCUCGCGAAGCACCAGAAGUAUGUGUGCGAGAAGCUCCAGACCGGCGACAGCGACCCGAAGCCCGUCUUCUUCGUGUUCCAUGGCGGUUCGGGCUCGAGCGUCGACGACUUCCGGACAGCGAUCGACAAUGGCGUUGUGAAGGUUAAUCUUGAUACCGACCUGCAGUGGGCGUAUUUGUCCGGGCACCGCGACUACAUCACCAAGAACAUCGAGUACCUGAAGACGCAGGUCGGCAACCCUGAUGGAGCACACAAGCCAAACAAAAAGUUCUACGACCCCCGUGUCUGGGUUCGCGAGGGCGAGAAGUCGAUGAAGGCGAGAGUGAUGCAGGCGCUCGAGGAUUUCAGGGCAGCCGGCAGCCUCUAGAGUAUCCGUUAUCAAUCAUGGGCAGCCAAUGCCCUCAAAAGUACCUAACUAUCCUUAGCUUCGUCCCUUUGCUAGACUUGGGGGAACGAUUGCUGUAUUAGGCGAAACGAA